GGCUCUCACUCCUGAAGACAGCCUCUGGGUCUCAAACUACAGAAAAGAUUUUCAAACAUGAAGUCUUCUUUUAUCUUGCUAUUUAUACUAUUUCCUUGUAUAUGUACUAACAGAAUGGAUAAAGCUGAAGACUUUUCUUUUACUCAUGCACCAGAUGAAACAAAAUCUAGAUUUGCAAUGCUUGAUGAUGUCCGAAUCCUCGCCAAUGGCCUUCUUCAGUUGGGCCACGGACUAAAAGAUUUUGUACACAAAACUAAAGGCCAGAUUAAUGACAUAUUCCAGAGACUCAGCAUUUUCGACAAAUCUUUCUAUGAGCUUUCCUUACAGACCAACCAAAUCAAAGUAGAAGAAGAGGAGCUCAAGAAAACCACUACAAUCCUAAAGAUAAAAAAUGAAGAAGUCCGGAACAUGUCCCUCGAAAUUAAUUCCAAAAUUAAUGAAAUCUUAGAUGAUCGAACAAGUCUGGAAAGCAAAGUUGGAGGGCUGGAACAGAAGCUGAAUGGGCUUACACACAAUCUACCUUUGCCAAAUGAAUUGAAAGAAAUUUCAACUCUUAAGGCAAUCAUUGAAGGUCAGGAGAAAAAUAUAAGAGAUCUUGUCAAGGUUGUUCAUGAACAACAUACUCAGCUAGACCAGCAAAAAACCCAAAUUAAAGACCUGGAGGAAAAGCUCAGCUACCCCACUUUACAGGACAACAUCGACAACUCAGUUUCUGUGGUGAAUACGGAACCAGACGUCAUUCCAUACCUAAUGAUGAACACCACUGAUAACAAGACCUCAGACAAAAAUGAUUCCCCUACAGACUGCAAUGCAGUCUACCUCAGUGGUCAAACUACUUCAGGAAUUUACGCUAUCAAGCCAAAUCAAUCAGAACCAUUUCACGUUUACUGUGAGAUGACAGAAGAGGGCGGCUGGACAGUCAUCCAGCACCGGAUGGAUGGGUCAGUGGACUUUGACCAGAACUGGGAUAAAUACGAACAAGGCUUUGGAAAGCUUGAAAGUGAAUUCUGGCUAGGCCUUGAAAAAACCCAUGCCAUUUCUAGACAAGGAGAGUAUAUACUACACAUUGACAUUGAAGACUGGAAAAAUGAAAAGUAUUUUGUAGAAUAUACUUUCAGACUGAGUGGCAAGGAGUCAGACUACACCAUCCAUCUACAUCAGGUUGCAGGGGACCUGCCUAUUUCAACAAACGACCAAACGGGAAUGAAGUUCUCCACCAAAGACAGAGACAACGACAAGAAAGAUGAUUUCAGUUGUGCACAAAAUUAUUCUGGUGGGUGGUGGUUCAAUGCUUGUGGUGAUUCGAACCUGAAUGGAAAAUUCAUCCGGGUACGUCCAAAGGGUCGCCUUGAAAGACGCAGAGUGGUUAACUGGAAACUCUCAAAAGGAAAUUCUUUAUACUUAAAGUCAACUAAAAUCAAGAUCCGUCCUUCUGAUACUGGAACACUUGAUCGCCAGUCUUAAGUGAUUUAUGAUUCUCACAGUCAAAAGGUGGAAAAUUAGGAAUCCAAAUUGUGGGUAGAAGCUUAUUAUUCACAUUAUGAAGUGAUUCUAAAACUUUACCUGUGGAAACAUAGCCAGGUUUUCAAAUGUGAAACUGCUGACAACUUGGCAUUGUAGCCCAUUUUGUGGAAAGGAAACCAGAAAAGCAUAAUUUUCUUAUUUGCAUACUUACUGUAAUAGGACCAAAUACUACGCAAGAUGAAAAUCCCAAAAACUUACUCUGCAGAGGAUAUAAAGCUAAACUGUUGCUAAAUUAACACAAUAACUUUACCUAAUUAUUUCUAAAAAUACUUUAGAAAGAGACCAGAGGUACCAUGCUGAAUACACAUGUUUUAGCAACUAAUUCUGCCCUAUCUGUCAACAACAUUUAUAGUUACCUAAAGCAUAUAUUAUGUAAUAUGCAUACUACUUGGUAUUUUUGGCUCCUGCUGCAGAAAUGUCAGAACCAAUCUAAUGCUCUCCUAGAAGGAAACCAUACUUUCAUUCCACUACAAAUUAGGGUCAAAUCCAGAAACAUUUAGCCUCAUGCUGUCCAAAAACUAAAUGAAUGUAGAUUUAUUAACAUUUUGACAUAAUCAUAGAAUGGGGGAUGUAAAUGAUCAUUUAUCAGUAUGACUGGGCCCUCAACAAAAUGUGUGUGUACGUAUAUAGAUGUGUAUAUAUACAUACACACAUACAUACAUACAUACAUAUAUACACAUACACAUACAUCUAUAUAUAUAUAUAUAUAC